AUGUGGUUCGUUGCGAUAUUUUUAGCAUCCAGCGAAGCUUUAGCAACCCUUGAAACAAACUUAAGUGGUGAUUGUUUGAAGAUAAACGAACAAACGGAGGACUUCAUCACCACUAACCCACAGGACAGCUCAGUUAAAUUAGCUGAAGAAGUGGACGUUAAGACAUUUGUAUUGGAUGAACCCUACACGCUAGGUCACAUGGCAAAUUUGUCUGGUUUAACCAGCUCAUUUUCCUUGUUGGAACCUGUUUAUAAAGGAUCUUGUAAGGAGGACCCUGCACCCAGAAUCUCCAUUGUUGAGUCAGCGUAUCAGCACAACUGUGUACUGGCCGUUAACGCUAAUUACUUCAAUGAGUCCUCCGGAGUGUGUUUUGGGAAUAUUAUAUCCGAAGGAGAGACUGUUAAAAACGAUAACCAUGACAAAAAUCCAACGUUUGGCCUGAUGAAGAAUGGUUCAGCAUUGAUGGGCUACAUUGCACCUGAACGGCUGAGUGCAAUGAACAUGAAAAUGGCAAUUCAAGGAAUGGUAUGGCUAUUGAAAAAUGGAGAAAAUAUUGUGAACAAAUCCUUAAGCGAAGAAUGCGGUAAAUGGCAGUCUGCUGAGAUAAAAACACUGUACAAAUUUGCCACAGUCACAACAGCUAGGCUCGCCAUCGGAACUGAUAAACACGGCAAUGUACUCAUCAUCCAAACGGACGGUAAGACUCUGGCUAAAACCAGACAAGGACUUUCUCUGCACGAGUUUGCUGAAGUGUUGAUAUCGUACGGGAUGUACAACGCAAUCAACCUGGACGGGGGUGGUAGCACUACCAUGUUUUACAACGGAACGGUUAUGAAUUAUCCUGCUGACGUGUGCGGGAAGUUUCGGUGCACGAGAGAGGUGUUCGUGAACAUUGAACAACUUAUGACAUGA